AUGUUGCGAAAUGAUCAAUUCCUCCGGGUGCUGCCAUUUUUGGCUAUCCUGACAAUUUUUCUGAAUCCGUUUUUUGUCAAUGCACUUGGACAGAAGAGAACGAUUUCCUUUGAAAAAGUCGAUGGUGGAAUAAGCCUAGUCGCCCAAGGACAAACUGCUGCUUUGCUCCUGGACGGAAAUGAUUGGCCUGGAGUGAUCCGCGCCGCCAAAGACCUCGCCGAAGAUUUCAAUCGAGUAACCGGCCACAGCCUCACACUGACCCUCGGCAAUACGACCACCGCCUCCUCUACCAAGUCUAAGACCGCCAUAAUAGUCGGCACCAUCGGCAAAUCCACGCUCAUCAACAAACUCAUCACCGCCGGCAAGCUCGACGUGUCUAACACCACCGGGAAAUGGGAGUCCUUCCAGACGCAAGUUGUCCAAAACCCGCUCCCGGGUUACACCUCGGCGCUCGUAAUCUCGGGAAGCGACAAGCGCGGCUCCAUCUUCGGCAUCUACGACCUGUCUGAACAGAUCGGCGUGUCUCCGUGGUACUUCUGGGCAGAUGUGCCAAUAACCAGGCAUUCGAGUGUGUAUGCGCUCGAUGUGCUGCGCGUGCAGGGCCCGCCGUCGGUAAAGUACCGCGGUAUCUUCUUGAACGAUGAGCAGCCGGCAUUGACGAACUGGGUCAAUGAGAACUUCCCUCCCGGGAAGUAUGGACCUGGGUAUAACCAUGAGUUCUAUAGCCUUGUAUUUGAGCUGCUGCUUCGUCUUAGGGCAAACUUUCUGUGGCCCACUAUGUGGGACAGUAUGUUUGGCGUUGAUGAUGCUGAGAACCAGGCGACGGCUGACAUGUAUGGGAUUGUGAUGUCGACGUCCCAUACGGAGCCCUUGAUGAGGAGUACCAAGGAGUGGAAUACGUUGGGUAACGGCACAUGGAGCUAUGCAACCAACGAGGAGAACAUCAAAGAGUACUGGAGAGAAGGUGUAGAGCGAGGCAAAGACUUUGAAAACUACUGGACAGUGGGGAUGAGAGGUAAUGGUGAUAACAUCUUGAGCGAAAAUGUCGUGACGGAUUUGUUGGAGAAGGUAGUGGCAGAUCAAAGAGAGAUCCUCAGUGAUGUCCUAGGCGUAGAUGUUGAAACGGUACCCCAGGUGUGGUGUUUGUACAAAGAUAUUCAAUCUUAUUACGAAGAAGGGAUGAGGGUUCCGGAUGAUGUUACUCUUCUGUGGGCUGACGACAACUGGGGAAAUCUUCGAAGGGCCCCAGUCAGUAACGAGACUGACAGAGUUGGUGGUGCGGGUAUCUACUACCACUUUGACUUUGUUGGCGACCCAAGAGAUUACAAAUGGAUCAACACCAUGCAACUCCAAAAGGUCUGGGAGCAGAUGAACAUCGCAUAUCAAAAGAAUGCUCGCCAAAUCUGGGUAGUAAACGUCGGAGACCUCAAGCCACUCGAACUCCCAAUCGACUACUUUAUGAGCCUUGCUUAUGACUUUGACACCUGGGGUCCCGUCGACAAGGUUUACAGCUGGGAACAAGCCUGGGCCUCGCGCGAAUUUGGCUCUGAGCUCGGCCCCGAGAUUGCUUCAAUUAUUGACACCUACGGUAAAUUUGCCGGGCGACGCAAGUUUGAAUUGGUAGACCCCUCAACUUACAACAUCAUCAACUACCGCGAAGCCGACACGGUCCUUGCGGCAUGGAAAGAUCUUUCUGCGAGAGCUGAAGCGGUCUAUGACAAGCUAUCCCAUAACGUGAAGCCGGCAUUCUUCCAGCUUGUGUCGUAUCCAGUGAAGGCUGCGUACAUCGUCCAUGAUAUACAUAUCUCGUCGGCGAAGAACAACCUCUAUGCAAAUCAGAGGAGAAACAGUGCCAAUUCUCUGGCAAACUAUGUCAUGGAGAGGUUCAAGGAUGAUCACAAGCUCACAGAGCAGUACCACAAACUGCUGGACGGGAAAUGGAAUCACAUGGCGUCACAAACCCAUCUUGGAUAUCAGUACUGGCAGCAGCCCAUGCGUAACACUCUCCCACCACUAGCCUGGACACAGCUCCUCGAGAACUCUCUUGCUGGCUCACUGGGUGUCAGCAUUGAGUCCAGCAACGGAUCCAUCCCCGGCGAUGACCGCUACAAUACCGUGUCUUAUGGCAACAACACUCUCGUCCUGCCUGUCCUAGACCCCUUUAGCAGCACCCAAACCCGCUGGAUCGAGGUUUUCAGCAAGGGCACCAACUCCUUCAACUUCACCAUCAAGCCCCACAAUCCCUGGGUCAAAGUCAACCCCUCCUCCGGCUACAUCAACUCACAAUCCAAAGACAUAACCGACGUCCGCGUCGAGGUCUCUGUGGACUGGGCCGCCGCCCCGGAAGGCUACAAUAUAGCCUUCAUCGACAUUUUCUCCUCAGCCUCAUACGGCAAUUUCGGCGCCCCAUCCGUCAACCUCCCCAUCAACAAGACCUCAAUCCCAUCCUCCUUCACCAAUGGCUUCGUCGAAUCCAACAAGUACAUCUCCAUCGAAGCCGAGCACACCUCACGCAACACCUCCACCGCCGACGCAGCCUACCAAACCAUCCCCCAGCUCGGCCGCACCCUCUCCGGCGUAGCCCUCACCCCCAUCCUGGCGCCCACCCAAACACCGCCAGACUCCCCCCGUCUCGAGUACGACCUCUACGUCUUCACCACCCCGGCCUACAACGCAAACAUCACGCUCUACCUCGGCCCCGCACUCAACAUGGACCCGUACCGCCCGCUCAAGUACGCCAUCGCGCUCGACGAUGCCGCCCCGCAGGUUGUGCGCUUUGUCCCCGACGCGAAGCCGCUGGACAUGCCGGCGGGCUGGGAGAAGGCCGUCGAGGACGCGGUGUGGAUGUCGGUCACCAACCACACGGUGGCGAGUGCGGGAAAGCAUACGCUCAAGAUCUGGGCGGUGGAGCCCGGUGUGGUCUUCCAGAAGGUGGUGGUGGACUUGGGCGGCGUGAAGCCGUCGUACUUGGGGCCGCCAGAGUCGGUGAGGGUUUAG